UCUCCGUCACACAGGUGCAUUAUGCUAAGUCAAGAGCCAGAAACAACAGGACUGAUGAGGAUGCCACACACACUGUACACACAAUGUUUACACACACCCGAGGUGUUCUGAGCCAAAGUGAAGCGCACGCGCACGCCCGCGUGUGUGUGUGUGUGUGUGUGUGUACAUACUCUUCUGUCUCACUCUCACCUCUUCCACUCACUCAUCUGGCUUCUAGCUCAAGUGGAUUCUGCUCACAAUGUAACCUGAAGAGAACCGAAGUCUCCCGACACCACAGCAUCCAGCACUCAAGAGGCAACAAGGCAGCCAAGACCAACUGCAAGAGAGCAACAGCUGAGCUGAAUCUUACUCACCUUCUCCUGCACCAAUCUAAACUGACAACAUGCUCUCCAAAGUGAAGAAGGCCAUCACUCCACUGUCCGCUGUGCGCAGCCUGCACAAAUCAGCCUUGGAUGUGGUGGAUCGGCCUGCCCCAGAGGAGACGGUCACAAGCAGCUUCGGACGCUUCAUCCAGGGCGUGCGGCCCCAGCAUUUGUCCCCCACAGUCCUGCAGCGCAGCAAGCGCAUGGUGCUGGACAGCCUGGGCGUGGGCCUCAUCGGCAGCACCACCGAGGUGUUCGAGCUGGCGCUGCAGCACUGCCAGCACAUGUAUGCUCCGGAUUACAUCAGCUCUGUGUACGGCCGCAAGGACACAAGGCUCUCCCCUACCCUGGCAGCCUUCGUUAACGGCGUGGCGUCCCACUCCAUGGACUUUGAUGACACCUGGCAUCCGGCCACCCACCCCUCUGGUGCCGUUCUGCCCGCCCUGUUGGCCAUCAGUGAUAUGUUGCCUGGCAACAGCAAGCCAAGCGGUCUGGACUUCCUGUUGGCCUUCAACGUGGGCAUCGAGGUCCAAGGUCGGCUGUUGAGGUUCUCCAACGAAGCUUGCAACAUCCCAAAGAGGUUCCAUCCGCCCACAGUGGUGGGCACUAUGGGCAGUGCAGCGGCCUGCGCCCGCCUGCUCUCCCUGGAGCGCUCCCAGUGCAGCCAUGCCCUGGCCAUUGCUGCCUCUCUCUCGGGUGCGCCCAUGGCUAAUGCCGCCACGCAGUCCAAGCCCUUCCACAUUGGCAACGCGGCGCGCCUGGGCCUGGAGGCGGCACUGCUGGCCUCUAGAGGCCUGGAGGCCAGCGCGCUGGUGCUGGACGCAGUGCCCGGCGUGUCAGGCUUCAGCGCCUUCUACGAGGACUACGCCCCACGGGCACUGCCCUCGCCCGAUGACCAUGACUCCCACAGCUUCCUGCUGGAGGAGCAGGACAUGGGCUUCAAGCGCUUCCCGGCGCACCUGGGCAUGCACUGGGUGGCCGACGCCGCCGCCACCGUGCACGAGGCCCUGGUGGGGCUGACCGGUGGAUGCGUGUCCCCCGAGGCAGUGCGCGAGAUCCUCCUGCGUGUGCCAGUGUCCAAGUACAUCAACCGGCCAUUCCCGGAGUCCGAGCACGAGGCGCGUCACUCGUUCCAGUUCAACGCCUGCACUGCGCUGCUGGACGGCGAGGUGACCGUACGCUCGUUCUCCGACGAGGCGCUGCGCCGGCCUGAGCUGCACGCCCUGCUCGCGCUGGUGCGUGUCCAGCACCCCGCCGACAACCCGGCCAACUUCGACCGCAUGUACGGCGAGGUGCAGGUAACGUUGGCCAGCGGCGACGUGCUGCGCGGUCGCUGCGACACCUUCUACGGCCACUGGCGCAACCCGCUGACUGACGAGAGCCUGCACAAGAAGUUCCGCGGCAAUGCUGGUACCGUGCUGCCCGCCGACCGGGUCGAGGGACUCAUCCAGGCCGUGGACCAGCUGGACAAGCUGGGCGACUGCAGCCCUCUCCUCGCCCAGAUCCAGUGAGCGACGUCGCUCCUCCUCCCAGUGCCCACUCCUGCUCGCCAGUUUUUCCGGUCUCAGAGCCAGAAUUUCCAAUCCAAGAAACCAGUGCCAGUGAGGCCUUUGGUACACCAUGGUUUUUAGAGUUGUACAUAUGCUGUAAAUUAGUUUUCAAAUUGGCUUUCUUGUCCAUCUGUCUGUUGGUUUGUUUGUUUUUCUUGUCAAAACAGACCAUUCAGUGAAUCACAGAUGUUUCCGUGAAGCCAAACCCAUUUUCUUAGUCAGUGUACAGGGUGUAGCAAUAGCUAAGAAGUCACGCUGAACAUUGCUUUCACUUUCACUUUGCCUUCUGCAUUAAUGAACGCUGGCUAAAGAUGAAAUGAUGUGAUUUUUUUCUGAAAAUGACUCGGUCACGUGUGGCUCUACAAACUGAUUAAGCUGUCUGUUGUUCUUUUGAUUUGGCCAUUGGCUAAUUUGUACUGAUGUUACUGUUAUGAAUUGACUGCAGGGUGUGUGUAGCUAAGUUUUUGAAAACACUUGAUAUUUUCUCUUUCCAGACUUUUUUUUUAUUGUGUCCUUUGGUAGAACCAUGGAUCUGUCUUGAAUCUGAAUUAAUGGUGCUGGAAAGCAGAAUUCACAUGUAAAUAUAAAACUACUUUGAACAGUCUCUGUAAGUAGGUUUCUCUGCCUUUGGUUCUUUUUGUGGCUUAAUCAUUGUUUUAUAAUGAUGUACUUUUAUUUUAGUUGAAAUAUUUAAAUGAAUAAAUACAUAAAAUGAUCUGUAAAUUUCA